AUGAGCAUAACGUUGGAGGUGGAGGAACCCGAGAAGCACCAAGAGAAAGUGAUGGAGAAAAUGGGGAACUCAGAUAGCUCAUUUACAAACGCAAUGGAACUUGCUCAAAUGGGAAUAAGCAGCAUUCCCAAUUGUUAUAUUCUUCCACCGGAACAUCGCCCUAACAUUAGCCAAAAUCUACCUUCGUCAACUGCAGAUUUGCCUGUUAUAGAUUUAUCUAUGCUAGAAAACCCAAUCCUUAGAGAGCUGCUAAUCGAGCAAGUUAGCUUUGCCUGCAAGGAAUUUGGUUUUUUUCAGGUAUACUCGUGCAUCAAUAGUUAUAAUAGAUAA